UCCUCUACUCCCAUCAUCAUCUUCUUCAUCUUAAAAAACAUUUACUUACACACUUACUCCCAAUAUCUGUAUCUAUAAUUUUUUGCUAAUUAACAUCCAAGAUUUCCUCAAAUUAAUCAUAUUUUUAACUUCCAUUAUCUCAACAAAGUGUCACAUUUGGACCUUUUUUAGCUUUCAUCAUGUCUGCUAAAUCCAAAUCUUCUUCUUCUGAAACUCCCCCAGCCACAAAAAUUCCGAUCAGCAAAACAUCCCCGGCAACACCCAGAGUCAGUAAACUUGGCCGUGGAGUUGCCAAAUCUGAGACUGAUUCUCCAUCUCCUUUACAAAGCACGAGAGCAUCCGCGGAACGGUCUCCACGAGUUGUUCCAUCGAAGCCAACAAUAGAACGCCGGUCGCCAAAGAUCAGCUCCCCUGCAGAAAAACCUGCACCAAGGGGAUUGCAAAAGGGUUCAGAAUUACAGGCUCAAUUGACUGCCCUACAAGAUGAUCUCAAGAAAGCUGAAGAAAAGUUGGUUUCUAUAGAGAAAGAGAAAACAAAAGCCGUUAAUGAGCUGAAAGAAGCACAAAAGUUAUCAGAGGAGACCAAUGAAAAACUUCAGAAGGCUCUUGUGGCUCAAAAGAGUGCAGAAGAGAGUAUUGAGAUUGAGAAGUUUCGUGCUGUUGAAAUGGAACAAGCGGGGAUCGAGUCUGCUCAGAAGAAGGAAGAACAGUGGGAGAAAGAGCUGGAAACUGUUAAAAACCAGCACGCUGCUGACUUGGCGGCUCUUCUUUCUGCCACUCAAGAGCUUGAAAAGGUAAAGCAAGAAUUAGCCAUGACGUGUGAUGCAAAAGAUCAGGCACUUAAUCACGCGGAUGAUGCAACAAAGAUUGCUGAAAAUCAAGCUGAAAAAGUCGAAGCACUUUCUGCUGAAAUUACACGAUUGAAGGGAUUGCUUAAUUCCAAAUUUGAAUCAGAAGCAGAUCAAACUAACAAAAUGUUGUCUGAGCUGAAUUUAGAGAUCGAGUCUUUGAAAUCAGAGGCGGGUCAGAGUGAAAAGUUGGUGUUGGAGCUGAAAUCGGAGAUAGAGACAUUGAAAUCGGAGGGUGAAGAAAACGACAAAUUGGUAUGUGAAUUGAAAUCAGAGGUGGAGCAUCUGAAAUCAGAGGAAAAGGAGUUAAAAUCAGAGAUUGAGACUCUGACCCAAGAAGUCAGGAAAUCUAAAGUUUACAAGGAGAAGUUAAUCCAUGUAGAAGCUUCGUUUGAGGAGCUAAACGUUGAAUUAGAAGCUGCAAGAAUGUCCGAGUCUUAUGCACGUAGCUUAAUGGAGGAAUGGAAGACUAAAGUUGAAGAAUUAGAUCUUCAAGCUGAAGAAGCCAAAAGAUUAGAAAGAUCUGCGUCAUCAUCUCUUGAGUCAAUGGUCAAAGAAUUAGAGACGAGCAAUGGUUUCUUACAAAAAGCAGAAGCUGAGCUUUCUUCCUUGAAAGAAAAGGUUGGUUUGUUAGAAAUGUCAAACGUGAGACAACGAGGGGAUCUUGAAGAAUCGGAACGUACCCUUCAGAAAGUGAAGGAAGAGGCUUCCGUUAUGACCAAAAAGGCUGAAUCUUUAAAAUCAGAGCUUGAAACUGUGAAGGAGGAAAGGGCACAAGCUUUGAGCAAUGAGAAACUUGCAGCCAGUAGUGUUCAAACUCUUCUGGAAGAAAAGAACCAACUCAUAAGUGAACUCGAAUCAUCCAAGAAUGAAGAGGAAAAAAGCAAGAAAGCAUUGGAAAGCUUAGCAUCAGCUUUACAUGAAGUUUCAUCAGAAGCACGAGAAGCAAAAGAAAAGCUGCUUUCUAAUCAAUCUGAAAAUGAAAACUAUGAAGCACAAAUAGAAGAUUUAAAACAUGCACUGCAAACCACUAAUGAGAAGUAUCAGAACAUGCUCGAUGAUGCAAAACAUGAAAUCGACAUGCUUAUGAACACAAUUGAGCAAGCUAAACAUAGUCAUCAAGGUACAGAGUCAGAAUGGAAAGAGAAGGAGGUGGAGUUAUUGGAGACUGUGAAGAACUCUAAGGAUGAAAAUGCUUCAUUGGAAAAGGAAGUAGGGCGGUUAUCAAAUUUGCUUAAAGAAACGGAGGAAGAAGCUUAUGCUUCUAAUGAAGAACGAACUCAAAUGAAGAAUCUUUUGAAGGAAGCAGAAUCGGAAGUUACUUAUUUAAAGGAAGUUCUUGGUGAUGCAAAAGCAGAAAGCAUGAACUUGAAAGAGAGUUUAAUGGAUAAAGAAAAUGAAUUGCAAAGUCUUGAUCAAGAAAUCUCGGAGCUUAAAACACGUGAAGCUGAAUCUUUAAAGAAGAUUGAGGAGUUGUCUAAAUUGCUUGAGGAGAAAGAUGCGAAAGAGAAAAUUGAGGAAAAUGAUGAUGUCACAGACAGUGAAAAAGAUUAUGACAUGCUUCCAAAAGUGGUGGAGUUUUCUGAGCAUAAUGGAGAUGUGCCAAAAAUGGAGCAACUUUCGAAAGAUACACCGUCGAUUGAAAAUGAAGUCUUGCAGAAGGAAACAGUGGUGAAGGAUUUAAAUGGAGACCAUAAAGAGAGUGAGAAUGUAGUAGAGAAAGGAAUUGAUUCUGAAGAAGUGGAAUUUAAGAUGUGGGAAAGUUGUAAGAUUGAAGAAAAAGAUCUCUCACCCGAAAGGGAAACUGUUAAUGAUGAAUCGUUUGAGGAUGAAGUGGAUUCGAAAACAGAAGGUGGUGACGGGUAUGAUCAGAUAAAUGGUGCAGAAAAUUUAGACAACGGUGCCACUUCACCAUCGAAGCAGCAAGUGAAGAAGAAGAAACCACUGCUGAAAAAGUUUGGAAGCCUCUUGAAAAGCAAGAAGGGUACAGGCAAUGCCCAGAAGUAGUAAAAGAGGUAUAUCGAUAUUACAUGUGUUUGUGUUCUUGUUUUUUCUUCGAAUACAAUUUCUUUUCUUUUUUUCCUUCCGUUUUUUGGUGUAAAACAGUGGGUAAUUACGUAUCAUCUACGGAGAUUUGUUUGUUAUUACUAUUACUAUUAUUUGUGUAUGCUAUUUAGCCGUUCCAA